AUGAUGUCCAUUAGUGUGAUUUAUAAAGAAUAUGCAGACUUCUCUAACAGUGACAUAAAGAUUAAAAUGCUCUCCGCCUUAGAAAGGCAGAUCUUUGACUUCCUUGGCUUCCAGUGGGCGCCUAUUCUUGGAAAUUUUCUGCAUAUAAUAGUUGUCAUAUUGGGUUUGUUUGGAACCAUUCAGUACAGACCUCGGUAUAUCGUGGUGUACACAGUAUGGACUGCCCUCUGGGUCACCUGGAAUGUGUUCAUUAUCUGCUUUUAUUUGGAAGUAGGCGGGCUCUCUAAGGAUACAGAUCUGAUGACGUUCAACAUCUCUGUGCACCGGUCAUGGUGGCGGGAGCACGGGCCCGGCUGUGUCCGAAGGGUGCUGCCCCCGUCAGCCCACGGCAUGCUGGACGACUACACCUACGUCUCCGUCACGGGCUGCGUCGUCGACUUCCAGUACCUGGAGGUCAUCCACAGCGCCAUCCAAAUACUGCUCUCCCUCAGUGGAAGGAAAGGAAGAAGAAUUCCUAAUCACAUCAUUAGCCAAGGUGGAGGAGACAAAACUUGGAGCAGGUUUGGGGGGGCAGACGUCAUGAGUACAGCAGCAGACAUGUUCAGUGUCAAGGUCCAAAGACAUCCGGGCAGAGCUGAGGAUGACAAUUCAGGACUAGAGUUGGUUGGUUUUGUGUACGCCUGUUACGUGAUCAGUAUUUUCAUGGAAGAAGAGGACACCUUUGAUUUCAUAGGUGGACUUGAUGCUCACUCCUACUACCAGGAUCAUGUUGAGUUAAAGCCUGUUAACCUGUCGAAAUAAGUAAGGACAUCGACACUGAAAUGCGGCUGCCGAACUUGACUUAGGAAGCAAAGCACCAUUGACAGCUCCUCUCUGCAUCAACAUGUCUCACUUUCUUCCAGAGAAUGGACUGCACCUCCCUCGUUUCCCACAGACCGCGGAGUUCUUUGGUCACAGCCCAUGUAUUAUUAGCAUUGUGCGCUAGAUGAGUUGUAGGUGCUUGGGUGGGUAUUUUUUAGUCAUUUUCUUCUUAUAUGAAUACUUGUAAAUUGUAAAAAAAAAAAAUGGUUUUUAAUUUUUUAAUAGAAUUUAACAUGAGGCAUGCAAAAUGGGGGGAGGGGAUGCUAUGAAAACCACAGACAAUUCUAUAAGAAACAUUGGUUUUUAUUGUUGAGGUGUUAAGUCAGGACUGCUGACAACUGCACUUAUCCUAGACCUGAUGGAUCUGGCUUUAGCAGACAUUACUUGGGAUUACUAGACAGGAAGUUAGAUGCUGUGACAGCUGACAAAUGGGUACAAAUAGUGGAUCCAGCUUUCACACUGAGUAUGGAUCAUUUUUUUCAACACCACAGGCCAAAACAUGGAGCUCUCCUUUGUUCUCAGCUUCCCAAAACCCAGAAUAAUAUUAUGGCAAUCUAGAAUUUCAGAUUCUUGCAUAUCUUGUUCUUCUUGUGUUCUGAAAGAUAUAUAUCAUUAGGGUAUGGAAGAGAGAAAUGACAGUAAAACACUCUCCCCUUUUGAGGGAAUAUGGGUAUCUCUAAGGGCCGUAUUUUCUACUCUUUUCCAAGUCCCCACACUGGUGUCAGACCUAAACCUACAGAGUGUAGGCAUGUGGGACAGAAAUCCCAACCAUAACUCUGUAAUCAGGAAUACUGCUCUGAAGGUAUUCAAAAGGAGCAUUAAAAUGGUGUGGAAUUAUCUAUAA